UGCAACACAGUAGUUUGUCCAAGAGUUUUGAAGUAAAAGAAAUGAAUUUUCGUAAUUUUCAAUUAGACUGGAACGAUCAUUUAUCAAAAACGACAAAAUCGUCGAAUAUGAUUUGCAAGAGUUUAUUUGGAUUUUUAUUGUGUGCUUGUGUAUUGGCCAAAGCAUCGCUCGGCGCAUAUGUCAGUGAUUUGAAGUCGAACACCGAUUGUAAGGCACUUUUGGGUCAAAAAGCGGACGAACGGGUUAAAAAUCCCGAUUUGGCGAACCAAAUCACCACAUCGAAUAUGGACUACACAAUGGCCACAUCGAUUUUUGAUUUCACCAUCAAAGAUACAUACGAUAUGGACGUUCCGUUGGCUGAUUAUUGCCGUAGAUAUGUGACGCUGAUUGUAAAUAUCGCAUCAAGCUGUGGAUUAACGAAAGCAAACUAUGCACAAUUGACUGAAUUGAACAUGCAAUUCAACGAUAAAUUGCGUAUCUUAUUGUUUCCGAGCAAUCAAUUUAAUGGACAAAUGCCUGAGGGUGAUGGCGAUGAAAUGCUCUGCCAUUUGAAAAUGAAAAAUGCCGCACCGGGACGAAUUUUUGCAAAAGUCGAUGUCAAUGGCGACAAAGCCCACCCACUGUACAAGUACUUGAAAAAUAAGCUGAAGGGCGAAAAAGGUGCCGACAUCGAAUGGAAUUUUGUGAAAUUUUUAAUCGAUAAAAAUGGAAUGCCAGUGAAACGCUAUGAUAUGAUGACCGAACCGAUGACUCUUGUCGAAGAUAUAAAAAUGCUUUUUUGAGGUUCAUUCGGUGGACAUAAAAAACGAAAAUAUUUUGAAUUUUUGUUAAAGACA